UUGACUCCUUAGCACCGGAAAUAAAAGACGUUAGACUUGUAGCUAAUGUUCGCGCCUAUAAUUAUUCUUCAUACUACGUGUACAAUGCCACAAAUAACUUUUAUUAUUUAAAUGGGCUUUAUGCUCCCUGCUGAACGCUCGGUAGGCCAAAUAUUCAUGUUGUUGUUGUCAAUGUCAAUGGCAUUAGCGAGCGUGCUAACAUGCUAAACUGCUCCACGACAAGGCUAACGUCAGCCGUUCUGCAAAAUGGUGUUUUAUGAUCACUCGCGGUUAUUGGAGGUCGUUUUGCCGCACGCCGAAUGAUAAGCGAUAUUUUUGUCAGGUCGUGUGCUGCCCUUUUGUGGCCUUUUGGCAAAAUAAUCCGCUGUUUUUGCGCCAUGCAACGUUAUUUGGGUGGAAUUGUGGGCCGGGUUCGGCUACGCGGUUCGAUGGCAGGAGCGCGCAUGCGCAGUGACGGGCAAAUCCGCAGCAAACUGGUGGUGGGUCUGGGCAACCCGGGCAUGGAAGAUACCAGACACAGCGUGGGCAUGGCGGUGCUCGCCGCCCUCGCCGCCCGCCUCAACCCGGGCGAGCGUUGGCGCGGCGACAAGCAGGUGUCCGGCGACGUCAUGGUGGCGGAGGUCCGAGGCGCACGCCUGGUGUUGCUCCGCCCCAAAGUGCUGAUGAACAUCAACGGCGUGUCGGUGGCCAAGGCAGCCCGCAAAUAUGGCGUCCAGGCCGAAGACAUCGUUCUGGUCCACGAUGAGCUGGACAAGUCCUUGGGCAAGAUGUCCAUCAAACAUGGAGGCAGCGCCAGAGGCCAUAAUGGAGUCCGGUCCUGCGUGGCCUGUCUUCACGCCGAUGUGAUGCUCAGACUACGGGUCGGGAUCGGACGUCCGGCGGAGAGGAUGUCGGUGGAGCGCCACGUCCUGGGACGCUUCACUGCGGAGGAGCAGAAGGUUCUGGACACGGUUCUGGUCCAGAGUGUGGACAUGCUGCUGUCCCAGCUGAGCAAGGAGGACCAAGGACAGUCUUCCUCUUCACCAGCAGGUGGCAGACAUGGCGCUUUGUGACGUCAUGCAAACUUCGAUGUUGUCCAUAUGAAACUUCAUUCGUGUGAAGUCCACCUGCCAGCAAGAACUGUAUAGAAUUUUCGAGGAAACUUCAAUCUGGUCUAAUCUACGGACCCACUG